AUGGAAGGAGCUCUGACAGCUCGUGACAGAGUAGGAGUACAAGACUUUGUCCUGCUCGAUUCUUACACCAGUGAGAUUUCCUUUCUGGACAACCUUCGCAAACGCUUUCGGGAGAACCUGAUCUAUACAUAUAUAGGGACUUUGUUGGUGUCUGUGAAUCCAUAUAAGGAGCUGGAUAUAUACACACACAAAAAGAAGGAGCUAUACCAGGGGGUGAACUUCUUCGAACUCCCUCCUCAUAUCUAUGCUAUUGCUGACAAUGCCUAUCGGGUGAUGUGCACUGAGUACACCAACCAUUUCAUCCUGAUUUCGGGGGAGAGUGGAGCGGGGAAGACAGAAACCUCAAAAAAAAUCCUCGAGUUCUAUGCCAAGACCUGCCAGACCACAGAACAGCUGCAGGUGGUGCGAGAUCGCCUCCUACUGUCCAACCCUGUACUCGAGGCUUUUGGGAAUGCCAAGACCCUGAGGAAUGAUAACUCGAGCCGCUUUGGAAAGUACAUGGAUAUCCAGUUCAGUUACACGGGUGCCCCAGUCGGGGGCCACAUCCUGAGCUACCUUCUGGAGAAGUCAAGGGUGGCCCAUCAGAACCACGGAGAGCGCAACUUCCAUAUUUUCUACCAGCUGCUGGAGGGAGGUGAGGAGGAAUUACUUCGCUGGUUGGGUCUGGAACGCAAUCCACUGCAGUACCACUAUCUUAUCCAGGGUGAGUGUGCCAAGGUAAGCUCCAUCAAUGACAAAAGUGGCUGGAAGACUGUUCGAAAAGCAUUGUCUGUGAUUGACUUCACCGACAACGAUAUUGACGACCUGUUGGGGGUUAUAGCCAGUGUUCUGCACCUGGGAAACAUCCAGUUCAAUCCAGAUAGCCAGGGACAUGCCAACAUCACUGUCGACAAGGAAAUCAGGUGGAUCUCCAAGCUACUGGGUGUACAUGUCCUGGUCCUGCAGGAAGGUCUAACCCACAAGAAGAUCGAAGCCAAAGCAGAUGAGGUUUUGAGCCCUCUGAGUGUUGAACAAGCUUUUUGUGCUCGUGAUGCAUUAGCAAAAGCUAUUUACGGACGUACUUUUACAUGGCUCGUUAAUAAGAUCAAUGAAUCACUAGCUAAUCAGGACCCAAGCAGAAAAACCGUGAUUGGUCUAUUGGAUAUCUAUGGAUUUGAAGUAUUUGAUGUCAACAGUUUUGAACAGUUCUGCAUAAAUUACUGUAAUGAGAAGCUCCAGCAGCUGCUGAUUGAGUUGACACUGAAGUCGGAACAGGAGGAAUAUGGAACUGAAGGAAUCCAGUGGGAGCCAAUCCAAUACUUCAACAACAAGAUCAUCUGUGACCUAGUGGAACAAAAGUACAAGGGAAUUAUCUCCAUUCUUGAUGAAGAAUGUCUACGACCUGGAGAAGCCACAGACCUUACUUUCCUGGACAGACUAGAGGAGAAAGUGGGAGCUCACCCUCAUUUCCUGACACACAAGUUGGCAGAUCAGAAGACCAGGAAGACCAUGUGUCGUGGUGACUUCAGGCUGCUACACUAUGCGGGAGAAGUCACAUAUAACGUUGUAGGAUUUCUUGAUAAGAACAAUGAUCUCCUGUACAGGAAUCUCAAAGAGGUCAUGUGUGAUUCCACAAACUUCAUAGUUAAAAACUGUUUCACUUCAAACGAAUUAGAUACCAAGAAAAGACCUGAGACAGUGGCCACACAGUUCAGGUACAGCUUGAUGGGUCUGAUUGACAUCCUGAUGUCAAAGGUGCCUUCGUAUGUCAGAUGUAUCAAGCCGAAUGAUGCCAAGCAGCCAGGUAGAUUUGACGACAUGCUUGUGAGACAUCAGGUGAAGUACCUGGGUCUCAUGGAACACCUGCGUGUGAGGCGAGCGGGCUUCGCUUACCGCAGGAAGUUUGAUGCUUUUUUGAAAAGGUAUAAGUUACUGUGUCCUGACACCUGGCCAAACUGGCAUGGACCUGCUUCAGAAGGAGUUGAACGACUGGUGAAAUAUAUCGGCUACAAACAGGAGGAAUACAAAAUGGGAAGAACAAAGAUAUUUAUCCGUUUUCCGAAGACGCUAUUUGCCACCGAAGAUGCGUAUCAAGCCAGCAAGAAUGCCCUAGUUGCGAAACUCCAGGCUAAAUACAGGGGCAAAAUUCAAAGGGGCGAGUUUCAGAAACAGAAAAAAGCAGCCAUCAAGAUUGAGACCUGCUGGAGAGGAAUUCAGGCAAGACAGGACGCAGGGAAGAGAGCAUGGGCUGUGAAAAUCAUCAAAAAAUUUAUAAAAGGCUUCAUGCUCAGAAAUCAGCCAGCUUGCCCGGAAAAUAAAGAUUUCUUGGCUUUUGCUCGGUCAAACUAUCUGAUGAACCUCAGGAAAAAUCUGCCACAGACUGUUCUGGAUAAAAAGACAUGGCUCAAACCUCCGGCCUACCUGCAGACGACCUCGGAACUGCUACAGAAACUGCACAUGCGCACUUUGGUUCGGAAAUAUUGCAGGGGAAUUUCUGCCCAACACAAGCUGCAGAUGCAGCAAAAGGUUGUGGCCAGCACACUGUUUAAAGGGAAGAAAGAGGGUUACCAACAAAGUGUCACCAAACCCUUUAGUGACAGCAGACUUCGUGAACAGGACAUCAACCCGAAGGCAUUUCAGCUGAUCCGACAUGAACGACUCAGGUAUGGUGUUCCUGUCAUCAAAUACAACAGAAACGGUUUCAAACCAAGACCUAGACAAUUGCUCUUGAUGCAGACAAAAGCCUAUAUUGUUGAAGAAGACAAAAUCAAACAGAAAAUCGAAUAUGCGACUCUCAAAGGUGUGUCUGUCAGCAAUCUUAGUGAUGGGGUCUUUGUCAUCCACGUUCCCUGUGAGAACAACAAUCAGAAAGGAGAUGUCAUUCUACAGUGUGACAAUGUGUUUGAGACAGUGACCAAACUCUGUACAAUAGCCAGCAAGCAAAACAGCUUCAAAAUCGUCCAGGGCAGCGUGAAAUUCACGAUUCAACCGGGCAAGGAAGGUAUCGUCGAUUUCACAUCGGGCCAUGAAUCACAAGUCUUCAAAGGCAAAAAUGGUCAUCUGAUGGUGAUGACCCCGAGGGUAAAGUCCCGAUGA